AUGGAUAAGAGGCAGAAAGUAGUCGAGCGGGCAGGUGGCCCAACCUCGCUCUGUUCGAAAUGCCGCCUCCUUGAUCUGAGCUAUGUUGGUUUUCAUCAUGACAGGAACUGGCCGACUGAAAACUAUCGUCUUAGUUUUACUCUCGCCGAAGCUGCGGCAUCUGCGGCACAUUGCUGGAUCUGUGGGUGGUUGGCUUCUCUUGCGGAUGACAAAGACUUUGCAUUGGCUACUCGAAUACAUGUCGGCUUCGAUAUCUACCGGUUCUCCACACUGGAGCCACCGGCAGAGUGGAAGCCGUGGGACGAGCAGACCAAGGCAAGCCACCUAUAUUUCUAUAUUGACUGCCGGGAGGCAGGGGGGAAGUUUGAGUACAAAGGGGCUUUCCAGAAAUCUGGUGGUCCUACACCUGUACAUGUUUCUGCUAUGCUUAACCACGAUGAUCCUAUUUCCGUGGCGGCGAAAGUAGAUCCUUACACUGCGAGAUUGCGUCCUCCAAUCGUUGACAUGCGGAUCUUCAAAAUUUGGAUGGAUCAGUGCACCAGCCAUCAUGGUAGCAUCUGUGGGAAGACUAGAUUCAUGUCUCGUUCGAUAAACUCCAUGCGCUUCAUUGAUGUAAUAGACGAUUGCAUUGUGGAGUCGGCAAAUGAUGUAGAAUGGGUUGCACUGAGCUAUGUCUGGGGUGAAGCACAGGAGCAUGCACUGCAAAAGGGAAAUUUUACAUCCUACCACCAGCCAGGCUCUCUGGCUAAAGAGAUGGUGCCGCCGACGAUCCGUGAUGCUAUGGCAGUCACAAGAGCGAUGGGAGAACGUUUCCUAUGGGUAGACUCCCUUUGCAUAAUUCAAGACGACGACGAAGACAAACUUCGGAACAUCCCCGCCAUGGGUAUUAUUUAUGGCCAAGCUGUUGUUACUAUUAUUAGCGCAGCGGGUGAGAAGGUCUCUUCGCCCAUUCCGGGUGUACAAGAAGGAUCUCCGCGAAGCGUCCAGGAAACUUUCGAGAUCAACGGCACAUGGCUUGUAUCGGCGCUCGAUACACCACAUGCGGGGUAUGAGGGGUACCUCCAGAACUGCAAAUGGAACACAAGAGGGUGGACUUACCAGGAAUGCUUAUUACCAUCACGCUGUCUCAUAUUCGACACAGAGCAAGUGUACUGGCAGUGCCAUCGCGCUUCUUGGUGCGAAGACGCAUUUUGGGAGCAAGACGCCCGGGAUGCCCCUAUUAUAUACCGCCACUGCCUUGGGAAAUCAGAGAUGCUUUCGCUGUUGGAGGAUAAAUCAAAGGACUGGUCCUCACUAUUCUCAAUAGUGCUGAAUAUGUAUUUAACACGACAACUAACCUCACAAGGCGACCGACUAGCCGCCUUGUCAGGUAUCCUUAGUGUCCUUGAGAAAUCGACUGGGCAAAGGUUCUUCUGGGGCAUGCCCGAGAACCACUUGGAGUUCGCUUUGUCUUGGACGACGGAUGACCCUGCAAUCCCGCGAAACACUGCCUGUCAAGUCGCAGCUCCAGGUGGUCCAGCCAGUCCAUUUCCAAGUUGGUCGUGGACUGGCUGGCUCGGGUCUCAAAUAUCGGGCGGCACGGGCAGUUACGAUAUGGGGCUACUUGGCCUUAGGUUUUAUCGUAUAGACUACGACAGUAAUCCGAUACCCAUCCAAGAGGACAUGGAUGCCAAUGUGUCUCAAUGGAACAAAGAUGUCAUCUCCGCGCUUGGAACCGAUACUGUAACCCAACCCCGAUAUCCCGCUAAUAUUGAGCACAGCUGGAUGGACAAGUGCAAAACUGAGAUCACCGUGUCCCAUAUCCCAAGCAGUAUCCGUUUGAGCGAUGCGGCACCAUCACUUCUGUGCUUUUGGACUAGCACCGCCAUUUUGAAAAUCAAAAAAGAACCUACAGGCUCUCCACCUAUCCCCAAAAUUGGAAUCACCGAUGGGAAAACAGAAAUACAUGGUUUCUGGGGCUGGACAGACUUCACCUUAGAGGAAGAAGAGGGAAAAUUCCUUGUUAUUGGCGCGAAAAAGGAGAAGAUGUCCCAUGGAGGGAGACUUCUGCUGACCCUGAUGUUUGUCGAAGUAGCCGAUGACACGGUGUGCUACCGGCGUCACAUUGUACGCGAUCUGCCCGAAUCAGCCUGGUUGAAGUUGGAGAACCGGAAAUGGGAAAUGGUCUGUUUGGGGUGA